UCCGCAGCGACAGCGAGAGGUGCCGGAGCGGCUGGGACGGGCGGGACACGAGAGGGGAGCCGAGAGGGGAACAGAGAGGUUGAAUAUCCUGAUGAAUAACUUGUCUUGGAGCAUGGUGGAGCUUGGACAAGCACACCUUCUCAGAAAUGGUGUCCUGAGGUUCCCUUGGUGAGCAAAACCAUUACUGGACACCUGUACAUGGAAGAGAAUGGAAUCCCUUUGUGGCAGCACUGCAUAAGGGAGUGUUUGAGCACUGCAGAUGCUCCUCUCACCAGCCCCCCAUGGUAGAUUUAGCAGAGAAGGAGAUGGAUAACCCCACGUUCAGAAGUGACACUGUGCUGUCAGAUGUUCACUUGCACUGCCCAAGCAAAAGACACCUCAUGGUACGACUGAAUGCAGUGGGACAGCCAGUAUUCCUGUCAUAUUUCAAACUCCUUUGGAGCACAAAAGAUUUGGCAUCUGGGAAACACGUGGGAGAAGUUACCACAGGAAAAGAACAUCAGUGCAGACAGGGAGAUGGACUGUGUAACAAGGACAGGAGUAGCAUAGAAAACGAAGGAGACUUAAAUGGUGAAGGAGUAGAAGCUCUGCUAGAUGAUGAUGGAGACCUGGAAGUGGUCAGAAGGCCUCGAAGUGCCUCUGAUUUGCAAGCAGAGGAUCUUUUGAGGGAUAUAGUGUGUCCUAUAAUUCUGAUGAAAGGGAAAGAAGAUGCUUUUGAAGAUGAAGAGCAGGAGUGCACUUGCAACGAUGUUGUUAAAAUAGAACACACUAUGGCAACCCCCUUAGAAGACGUUGGUAAACAAGUGUGGCGUGCUGCCUUCCUUCUGGCUGAUUACAUUCUCUUUAAAAGGGACACGUUCAGGUGUUGCUCUGUGCUGGAGCUUGGAGGUGGCACUGGAAUUACCAGCAUUAUCAUGGGAACAAUUGCCAAGAGAGUUUAUUGCACAGAUGUUGGUGAAGAUCUUCUGACCAUGUGUGAGCAAAAUGUUGUAUUAAACAAACACCUGAUGGAGCCAGGAGGAGGGGAAAUUAAAGUGAAAGAACUGGAUUGGCUGAAAGAUGAAUUCUGCACUGAUCCUGAAGCUCCUUUUAGCUGGUCUGAAGAUGAGAUUGCUGAUUUGCUUGAUCACUGUACUGUGAUAAUGGCAGCUGAUGUGUUCUACGAUGAUGACCUGACAGAUGCCUUGUUCAGAACUCUGUAUAGAAUCACACACAACUUGAGAAAUUCUUGCACGGUUUACUUAGCACUGGAAAAGAGGCUGAACUUCACUUUAAGACACAUGGAUGUUACAUGUGAAGCCUACAGUCACUUUAGAAAUACUCUGAAUGAUUUGGAGAAUCUCCAAGAUGGAAAAAUGAAAUAUACAGUGGAGCCCAUUAAGCCAGAUUUCUGCCAGUCCCUUGUUUAUGAACGAAUUGAGCAGUUGGAAUUGUGGAAGAUCAUGGCUGAGCCCCUAACGUGACAGGCCCACGAGAAAAGAGAAGAUCUUUACCUAAGGAGAAGGGCUAUUUUGGUGUUCUGUGAAGAUAAGGAUUUUCAUCCCAAGAACAGCAUCUUCCUGGUGGAAUUGUGUUCUCAGAAAACAUUGCAAUGCAGUUUUGCUUUACUUUUUUGUUUGUUUGUUUGUUUUGUUUUGUUUUAGCACUUCAUUUCUUGGACUUGUGCAUUUGGACAUGAUUUCUUUGUUUCUGAGUACGUGCUGGAUGCCAGACAGUGGCAGUGACAUGAUCACUUUGGGAUUGAUGGUUUCACUUUCAGAAUUAUUUAAAAAGAAGUAUUUAACCUUUUCCAUGCAGCUGAUUUGCAGAUGGCAUGCAUUUCCCUUUUUAGUUUACACAACAUGGACAUUGUUCUCAGUCUUAUCCCAGUUCCACACAUUGUUUGUAUUUAUGGACACUUGUGAAACAAUGUUCUGGACCAGACUUGUUUGUCAUGAAUUAAAUUUUCUUUAGGAAAUUUGUUUAUGAAA